AUGCUACGAUCCGGGCCGAAACCCGAGGAUCUCGACUUUGAGAUCCAUGUUGAUCAGUCUUGCUUGAACACACCCGCGCACGAAGCUGCCGAGCCCGAACUCAUGGACGACGACGUCCCCGCUGCUGCUGCUGCCAAGGCCGAGGCCGAGGAGGUGAAGACGGUGGAAGAUGCGCCGGAAGUUACACCAGAAGAUGUCAAAGACGAGACUCCCGAGGUCGUUGUGGAGGAGUCAAAGAUCGAGUCUGACGAUGUGAAGGAAGACGACAAGGACGAAGAAGACACAACGGUGGCUGGGGCAGCUGCAACAGACGCUGUUGUGGAGGCUGAUACUGAAGGCACUGCUGAGAAGGAAGCCGAGACGACACCUGAUGAGACUGCGGAGGCUGAGGAGACGAAGCCUGCUGCGGAGAAUACCUCUGAAGAACCUAAGAGCAAGGUCGAAGAGGCGGAACCUGCCUCGGAAGAAACACAUACCACUGAGGAGGAUACACCGGAAGCGACAGCGGCAGAAGAAGUCGAAAGCACACCAGCAGAGGAGGAUUCGUCUGCGAAUAUCGAUACUAAAGAUACACCUGAGGAGGAGCCUUCAGCGGUGGAGGUUGAAUCCGAAGAGAAAGCUUCAGAAGAUACUCCCGCACCACCAGCUGAGGCGGAGACCGAGCUGGAAGAGUUGGUGGCUGAAGUAGAGGCAGAGCUUGGGGCCGAGCCUGAAGCUGAGCCUGAAGCUAUUGUUGAGGCUGAGGAAGCUGCUGAAGAGACAACACUCCCGGCAGAAGCUGAGGCCGAAGUGGAGGAAGAGAGCAAAGAAGAGCCGGCCCUACCAGAGCCCGAGGAAGGGGUCGUCGAGCCAGAAGCUGAGCCAGAGGUUCAGCCAGAGCCCGAACCCGAAGUAGAGGUCGAAGUCGAGCCAGAGGUUCAGCCAGAGACGGAACCCGAAGUAAAGGUCGAGGCUGAACUCGAGAAAGAAUCUACACCCGCCCUGGAGACAGAACCUGAAGACGAAGAAGUCGAGAGGGGAAGGUCACUUGGACCCGCGGCCGAAUUCACAACCAGUGAACUCGCAGAGCAGGUCGCAGACUCACUCAACAUGGCUCAGACAGACUCGGAUGAGACCCCAACACCCGCUCCUGCCAUCGAAGUCGCCGACGAGGAUCGCGAUGAGCCCCCCGCCGUCCAAGAAGCCAGUCGCUCCUCUUCUUCCCUCCGCCGCGUCUCCGGUCGUACCGAUGCUCUCAUUCAGGCUGCCGCCAAGGAGGUCCUCGAGCGACUCGAAGCUCAAACGAUGGAGACUAUCAGAAAUAGGUCACACGCACGCCACGACUCCACGGGAUCUACAAACAAUGGCACAGAGCUACACUACGAUGUGAGCACUCGCCGCGAAUCCUACAACACCGACUCGCGUGCCAGCCGCCGUGAGUCUUAUAACACGGAAUCGAGGGCAAGUCGUCGCGAGUCCUACAACACACAAUCGCAAUCCAGCCGUCGGGAGAGCGAUGCCCGCCGUCGACCUGCACAUCACGAAGACGGCGGCGACAGCUCCUCCCAGCACGGCGACUCGGAUGUCUUCAGCGACCGCAGCCCGCGUAGCUCACUCGGUUCCUUUGAUGGCAACAUUGACCAUCACAAGGACACCAGCAACCGCUCGUCCAAGAGAUUCUCCCACAUGUCCGACGACGUGUCUGUGUCCGAGAUGUCCUACUACGACAAGGAAGACUUCGUCCCAACCAUCCGCGGCGCGCCCAGGAUGCCCUUCCGCUCCCCCUCCGACGUCCGGGCUCUGCAAUACUCAUCCCCCGCGCCAUCCGUGUCCGGCGGCUCCUACUCGCCGCGCUCCAGCAAACGCUCCCAGGUGCCGACCAUCUCCCGCCUCGGCAGCCCCAACGUCUCCGCCCAAUACUCCGCCAAGGGCCGCAAGACACCUACCCGCUUCAACCCCAAAAAGGAGCCCGCCCCGCUCGUCCUUCUACACGUCACCCUGCUCCCGCUCCGCUGGCAAUGGGCCGAGAUUCUGGAGCAGACGUCCUCUGAGACCCUGUCCCCUGAGGCAAAGACUCUCCGCGAGGCGUGGCACCACCUCCAUGACCGUGUCGCCGAUACCGUCUGCGAGCGCGGCAUUCUCCUCUCCCACCCGCAAGACGAGUACGAGAUCCUCGAGGAACGGCUGCUAGAAGCCCUCGACCUGCCCCUGCGCCGGCGGGCGCGCGUCCUCGAGUGUGGGCACUACCUCGGCCCCUCCAAUGAGAUGACGCUCGGCGAGGACAUGGACAGCGACGAGGAUGAGUACGACGAAGAGUCGAGACGCAAGAGCGCCUUCGCGAAAACGCACUGGUGCCAGACGUGUCGUCACGAGAUCCGCUACGAGUCCCUCGGUCCUGGCAAGAUCUUCCGCAUCAAGGUGUACGCUAGCAACGGCCUUAUGAGGACCGGUGCCUGGGCGGCGUGCUGGAAGGAGAUGGAGCGUGUUGAUGUCGAGAUUGAGCCCAUUGUCGAGUCGGCUGUGCUGGAUGAGCUGGAGCGGCUUGUUGUGGCGCAGUCGCAGCAGAUGUCGCUCGUCAAGCACGAUCCUACGAUCCUUGAGUCUACCGAGGGGAGAGAUAUGCCGGAGGACCGCGGUAUGUCAGACUUUGAUCGCGACAUGCCGUCCAUGGAGGAGCCUCUGCACGAGACGUCGCAUAUUGAGGAGACUCAUCUCUUGGAGCCGAAUUACAUUGAGAGCGAGGCCCAUAUCCCGGUCUCAUCACCUCCCCCCGCUGCGGCAGAGGACGUCCGCCCUCCGUCUCCGGAGCCGAUGCCCCGCUACGACCAAAGCGAGGAGCGUCGUCUCCGUGACGAGGCGCGCAUGCGUGAGAUCUACGGACACUCUCCGGCGCCUGAAUCAGAGCACCACAAGCCAGCACCCGAAUCUCGGCCGGCAUCAUCUCACCACGAUGCCUACUCAGCUCGCUCCGCCCCUCCCCCACAACAGCAACCUGAGCCGGAACCCCAACAAGCUCAUUACCACGAGCAGCAACAUCAGCACCAUCAGUCCCCGCCCCCGCCAGAGGAAGCCUACGCCCAGCACCACCAGCGGCAACAAGCCUUCCAGAACGCCGGACUCACGGAGCUGCUCCUCGAGGCUGCGCGUGUAUUUAUGCAGGAUAAGAAGAACCUCGCCAUUGUGGUCAUGAGUUUGCUCGUGCUGUUUAUGGCGAUUCGUCCUGCGCCGAGGGAGGUGAAGGAUUGGGAUGGGCAGUUUGUCGAUCAUGCUGCUGCGCCUGUGGCUGAGGUUCCUUCCUCGCAGGCGCAGGCGCCGCCGUUGAUGGAGAGUAUUGAGGCUGUCGUGGAGUCUGUGACGGCGUCUGAGGCUUCGGCAGAGGUUGUUGUUCAGCCUACGCCUGAUGUUGAAGUCGCUGAACCGGAACCUAGUGUGGAGGUUUUCGUGCCUGAGUCUGUUGCGAGUGUUGAGGAGGUUGAGAGUACGGCUACUUCAGCUACUGAGCAGACUUCUGCUGUGGAGCAGGAGACUUCUGUGACUGCUUCUCCUUCCUCGUCUUCUGAGGAGGUGAGGGCUCCUUUGCCUACUCCGGUUCAUGAGACCAUCACUACCAGGGAGUUGGUGCGUAUUAUUGAGACUGUGACGGAGACGGUCAAGGCUGUUGUUACGGAGACGGAGGUCGUUAGGGUUCAGCCGACGGCUAGUGUUGCGGCUGAUGUUGAUGAGGUUGAGGCCGAUGAGGCCAAUAUUGACGAGGCUGUUGCUGACGCUCCAGUUGCGGAGGACGCUUCUGAGACUCUCGUCUCCGAGAAUGCAUCCGAGACUGAAGAGGCAUCGGCUUUUGAGACUAUGUCACCUGUCGAAGAGUUCACAGAAGAUGCCGAGUCCGAGGAAGAAGAACCGGCUACUGAGUCAGCUCUCCCCGUCGCAGAGGACGUGGAGAACGAAGUUGCAGAUGAGCAAGCACGGGAUGUGAAUGAAGAGACUGAGCAAAUGGAGGAAAUGGAUGAGAAUGAACGGGAUGAGCUGUGA